AUGAGAUGCUCACUUCCUCCGCACAAAACCCCCAUUGCCUUUAGCUCAUACGGCGACUUUGAGCUCCACUACCACGCGUUCCACACCCAUCGUUGUCUCGAAUGCCACAAAAACUUCCCCUCCGACCAUCUUCUGAGCGUCCACAUCGAGGAGUGCCACGAUCCUCUUGUAAGCAUACGAAGAGACAGGGGGGAGCACACUUACUCAUGCUUCGUGGACGGGUGCGAGAGGAAAUGCCAGACCCAUCAAAAACGACGAAUGCACAUGAUCGACAAGCAUAUGUACCCUAAGAACUUCUUCUUCGGCGUUACUAAAGAGGGCAUCGACGGCAGGCGCUCUCUGUUGAUCGACGGCGGCCAUCGCCGACGCAGGUCUUCCGCGAGUGUCCAGCCAAAGAACCCAAACCCUGCAGCUUGUGUGUCGGAAGAACCGCGGGCCGAACAGAACUCUGAAUCUUCUCCCCGGGAAGACGGGUCUCAGCCGAACCAGGAUCAGCAAGAUGCGGCGGGCGCCGACAUGACCGAGCUCGCAGAUGCCAUGUCCGCCCUGCACUUUGUCCCGUCUAGCAUUCGAUUCGGGCGCGGUCGAGCAGGAUUUGCGAGGAGAUAG